AUGGCACAAGUAUGUGACAUAUCAUGGACCAAUACACCGCAUAGUGUGGACGAAAAUGCCAAUACUGGGACUGUUGUUAUCCCCAACACCGACGUUACUGGUAACUUUUACGAGGGACAAGCAAGCCCUUCAUAUGACAUCGAUCAUUUAGACCCCGGACCUGACGGGUUAUUUACCAUCGACGCAAACAACGGCGCGAUCAUGGUAGGGAGUGACAUAGAUUUCGAACUGGUUGGUCCGAUACAAACUGUCUACGUUCAGUGUUUACAAACAACAAGUAACAAUGAUGUGUACGCAGUUACAGUGUUGAUCACUGAUCAACCAGAAUCGCCCGUGUACAGAAAUCUACCUCAGGUCAAAACUAUACUAGAAGAUAUCGGCGGGUCGGUGUCGAUUUACAGAAUUCUGUACAGGGACGAUGACGCCGACACGCCCACAUUUACUAUUGAUAGCCAAUCACCGGCCACUCCUACUUUUACAAUAGUCAAUGGUGAUGAAGUGUGGACUCCCGCAGCAGGUUUGGAUUAUGAAAGUGGGGACACGAUAUUUACAAUAGAUAUAAGCGCUGAUGACGGCACUGCUGCUGCGGCUACGAUAGACACUCUCACUAUUCACUUGUCCGACGUCAUAGAUGAAAGCGUCCUUCAAUACCGCGGGAUAUACCGUGUUAACGAGGUCAACGAAUAUACGCCAAUGUUCACACCAUCAUUUCACUCCACAACGGUUUCAGAAAACAGACCCGCCAGUACAACUAUAGCGACACUAACAGUCUCUGACGAAGACACCACUGACACAUUAACAUUGACCAUCGAAAGCGGCGACGAUACGACAGCUAAGUUUGCUGUUUCCGGAAAUGACAUCAUUACAACUUCCGAUGCCUUGGAUUACGAAGACUCAGAAGCAAUUAGUAAAAAUCACGAGUAUCGUCUCAUGGUGUCGGCGGAAGACGGAGCCAGUCACAGAUCAACAGCUACAGUUAUAAUCGAGCUGCAAAACGAGAACGAGGCAACUCCAACAUUUACUACAUUUCCGUCUACUGCAAUCACGGUCUCCGAGAACGAGGCAUCUGGUUUCAUAGUUUUGGCUGCAAGUGACAUUGAUGCUAGUGAUACAGAUGAAGGAGCAUUGGGUCAGCUGACAUAUUCCAUUCAAUCAGUGACAAACGGUGGAGCGAAUAAGUUCUAUAUAGACCUGGAUACGGGCGAGAUCGUAACAGCUACCAGUUUUGACUACGAGGCAGAUACGUUCACAUCGUACGAUAUUACCGUCAAGGUACAAGACGGUGGUUCACCUAUACCAAGUAGUACUGCCAGUGUUUUGACUGUUGACAUCGGCGAUUACAAUGACAACGAACCCACGUUUGACGUACAUAUUUACACUGCAUAUAUUGAUGAGACUGCAGCAGUGAGUGACGUCGCUGUCACGCUCACCGUUACCGACGCUGACUCUGCGUCUACAUUAACUUACAGUUUUGUAAGUGGCAACGCUGAUGGUAAAUUUGAGUUCAAUCAAGCAAACCAUCAGAUUACAGUAAAGAAUGCCAUCGAUCUCGAUGUCGGAGCCGACGACCCAGAAGAGUAUAUACUCGUGGUUGAAGUAACGGAUGGUGGAUCUCCAGAACUCAGUGGAACAUCCACAGUCAUCAUUAUGGUUACAUCUAGUAACGACCAUGACCCAGUCUUCGAUGCCGCAAGCCCCACUGCAGCCACGGUUUCUGAGAAUACUUCACCAGGGACAUCUGUGGCUACGGUGAUUGCAAGUGAUGAUGACAGUGGCGUAGAUGGAAUUGUCAACUUUGCAAUUCAAGGUGGUGAUAUAAACGAUAAUUUCCAAAUCGAUUCGUCCAGUGGUCUUUUAGAAGUCAAAUCAGUUAUAGACUAUGAGGUCACUGGUUCACCCAUAACAUUGACUAUUAAAUUGUCUGAUGAAGGCAGCCCUACCCCGAGGACUGCUACAUCUGAUAUUAUAAUAACAGUGACAAAUGAAAAUGAUAAUGAGCCGACCUGUACGAAAAACAGUUAUAUUACUUCAAUUGGAGAACUAUCACUAGAUGGCGCUAGCGUUAUACAACUUGACUGUGAGGAUUUGGACAAUGAUGUACUAACUUACAUAAUAACGGCUGGUAACAUUGACGCUAACUUUGAAGUGAGUGCCACGGGACUGGUUACUUUGGUAACAGGACAUACAGUCGACUAUGAAUCUGCCGUCAAGUCUUACACACUCACAGUUGAGGUAGACGACGCGUCUACAACACUCGUUAUCACAGUUACUAUAAACGUUGACCCAGAAAAUGAUGAAAACUGCUAUUUUGACACUUCAUCUUGGUCAGAGGAUGUGAAUGAGAACGCAAAUACUGGUGAUGUCAUUGCCGACGCAUCAUCACAUGCUCACGAUAUCGAUGUUUCUCCGCAUGGCAUCGUGUCAUACUCGAUAAUAUCAGUAACUCCAAGCAGCGGCGAUACGGUAUUCUCUAUUAGCACAACAAGUGGUCAGAUUCAAUUGCUGGAAGCGCUGGAUUAUGAAACAGAUACUGGAUAUAUCAUCACCAUAGAAAUAGAAGAUGGUUCAGCGGCAACAGCCCAAGCAGAUUUACAAAUCAAUGUGAUCGAUAUCAAUGACAAUUAUCCUGUUUGUUCCUUGGAAAAUGUUGUAGUUGAGAUUGAUGAAGGGAUGUAUAACAUUGCUGUUGUCACCGGUGUAUUUUUAAACUGUACGGAUUAUGAUGACGGUGUUUUGGGAACAUUGUCCUACAGUCUCACCUCACAGGACCCUUGUUGUGAAUUCACCGAGGAUGGGGUUACAGGCGACGUUAAUUUACCAUCCGAUACAUUGGAUUUUGACGCUUCGUCCAGACGAUAUGAUUUAAUAUUGCAAGUAUCCGAUGGUGACGCUUCACCUAAAUCAAUAGAAAUACCAAUCACAGUUCUAGUCAAUCCGGUUGACGAGGGUCCUCCAGCAUUCGCUGGCCCGUUCAGCACAUCAGUAGCUGAAGAUGUCGAUAUUGGGACACUUAUUGAGCUGUGUACAGCAACGGACCCUGACUCGACAGACACCACAGACGGACAAAUAUCAUACUAUAUCACUGAUGGUGACCCAGACGCUCAUUUUGCCAUUGGAAGAUUAGAUGGUAAAGUGACAACAAUAGCAUUAUUAGAUAGAGAGGUCGUGUCGUCGUAUACAUUGGAGAUUACGGCAUAUGACGGAAAUGGUGGCACAGACACACAGACGCUGACUGUUACGGUGACUGACGUCAACGAUUAUAUCCCGUCUUGCAACGUUACAACGUUUUGGCUAGAGCUAGAGGAAGAUAUAUCCCCUGGCAUCGUCUACACAUUGUUCUGCGAAGAUUACGACCCGGCAGAUAGUACUCUGGCGUUUACGAUUACAGCUGGCGAUUCAACAACAUUCAACAUCAAUUCAAAUGGUGAACUAUCUUUACAAUCGCCGGGAUUGGACUAUGAUUACGGAAGAAGAUCUUAUGAUAUUGAAAUCACUGUAGAAGAUUCAGUUUCUAAUACGUUUGUAGUGCAUGGAAUAGUGUAUGUGUUGGCAGUCGAUGAUGGUCCACCUGUUUUUUCAGGUAGCUAUAGUGUUAAUGUGGCGGAAGACACUGCAGCCAGUACCACACUGAUUACUGUUGUGGCCAAUGAUCCGGAUGCCAAUGACACUGUACAUGGUGAAGUCACAUACUCUCUGGCAGCAUCAUGCAGCUGUCCGGAAUUCGCCAUCGACGCAGUCACCGGUGAAGUUAUUCUCUUGCAGACGUUGGACUUUGAAACAAGUCAGACCCACACGGUGGACAUUGAAGCAUACGAUCGUGACACAAUAGUCACUGCAUCGAUCAGUGUCACGGUGACAGAUGUAAAUGACAAUAACCCAGUUUUCGACCCCAGAAUGUAUAGUGUAUCAAUCGAUGAAGGACUUUCAGCAGGCGAAGCAGUAGUCACUGUUAUAGCAACCGAUGUUGAUUCCACCGUAGAUGACAACAACGUCAUACAGUUUUCCAUCACUGAUGGAAACACCGGCUCCCACUUUUCAAUAGACUCGUCAACAGGAGACAUCACCACUGCAGAUGUAUUGGAUUAUGAAGCUAUGCAGGUGUAUAAUCUUGAAGUAACUGCGACUGAUUUGAAUGGAGGAGCAGAUGGACUCACUGAUGUCUCGUAUGUAACAGUUGUUGUAAAUGCCGUAAAUGAAGCAACACCUGUUUUUCAAUCAACGCCUUACUCCGUUUCAGUUCCUGAAGUUAUAGCCACAGGCGAGUCAGUAUUUCAAGUUAAUGUGACUGAUGAUGACUUGCCCUCCCAUCCACAUGGUCAAGUGAAAUGUGAAAUUACAGCCGGAAAUAGUGAGGGACAUUUUUCAAUUGAUGGAGAGACCGGUAUCAUAUAUACAACUUCUUUACUAGACAGGGAAAAUAUAGCAUCAUAUACAUUGACUGUGACAGCAACAGACAGCACUAUAACACUCGGGGAUCAGCUGUCAUCAAGUGAAGAUGUUAUUAUCACAGUAGAAGAUGAAAACGAUAACAUACCCAAGUGUAAUCCAUCUGUUUACGCCACCAGUAUUCCAGAAAGCAUACCUGUUGGAACAACAGUCAUUGUGGUCACCACGGAAGAUCCAGACGAUGGUACAAAUGCGCAGAUAGAUUUGACCAAAUUGAGUGGUGACCCGAACAACGAUUUCUCACUUGUUGGAAAUGAAGUCUUAGUGGCAAGUGCAUUGGCUCAUCAUAUUACAGACACCUAUGAAAUCAUUAUAACUGCCACAGACCAAGGAACAACGUCCUUGUCUAGCGAGUGCUCGAUUAGUAUAGUUGUCCUUUCGGAAAAUAACUUUCCCCCAGAAUUUAGUACAGCCUUGGAUGCAGUAUCUGUAUCUGAGUACGAACCAUUGGAUACUGUCAUAUACACGGUUGUUGCAACGGAUGAUGAUGAGGGCCAGCAUGGAGAUUUGAGUUACUUCAUUACUGAUGGGAAUGAUGAGCAAGCAUUUAUGCUUGACGAGACAACGGGUGAUAUCAUAAUUGCCCUGAAUCUCGACCGUGAAAGGACUAGCAGUUACGCACUUGAAAUCACAGUUUUCGACAAUGGUGACAACGUGGAUGAUACAUUUAAUGAUACAAUGACUUUGAAUAUUGAAAUUACUGAUGAAAAUGAUAACUCACCAGCUUUCUCACAGAUGCAGUACGUUGCUGAUACUGAUGAAAAUAUUGCAGUUGGCACUAGCGUUACACAAGUUGUAGCUACAGACCGCGACAUUGGAACGAAUGAUGAUAUUGUUUAUAGUAUAAUAGCGGGUCUCGGACAAGGAUAUUUUUCAAUCCAGUCUGACACAGGAGUGAUAAAUACUGCAUCGGACAUUGAUGCUGAACUCAUGUCGCUGUACAGCUUUCAUAUACAAGCAGUAGAUGGUGGGUCUCCACAAAAAACUUCCUAUGCAGUUGUACAGAUCAUCAUUAAUGACUUGAAUGAUAACACACCUGUAUUUGUACCUGCAACAGUUGUAGCAAAUGUUUAUGAAGACAGUGCUGAGAACGACCAAGUGUAUACGAUGUACGCAAUGGACGACGAUGUGGACAGUGAUGGGGGCGACCCUUCCAAUCAGUUUCGUAUAAGUGAUACGACUGGCGAGCUGACUGUUUCAGGCAUUGGUCUGGAUCGCGAAACUGAUGACAGCUACAAUUUGAUCAUCGAAGCAGAGGAUGGGGGUGUACCGACAUUAACUGGCACAACUACUCUCACUGUUUCUAUUAUGGAUGUUAAUGAUAAUCCACCAGUUAUAGAUCAAGCCUCAUAUUCUGAGAGUAUACCAGAAGACAGUUAUAUUGGUUUGGUGGUCUGUGACGUUGACGCCACCGAUGAAGAUAUUGGGGCAAAUGCCAGACUAUCUUACUCAUUCUCGUCAGGAAAUGAGUUAGGUCACUUUGCCAUAGACACGGACACAGGAAUAAUAACUAUAGAUUCAGAAUUGGACCAUGAAGCAGUCGUUUCAUAUGUUUUGGCAGUCACUGUGAGUGAUAAUGGUACGCCGGUGAUGGCAGCAGAUGUAGAUGUUACUGUAAAUGUGAACGAUGUAAAUGACAAUAUACCAUUGUUUACAAUGGAAACAUACACGUUCAACGUACUGGAGAAUUCUGCGGCUGGCACACUUGUAAACACAAUAGUUGCCACUGAUCUUGAUGAAGCUGAAAAUGGCAGAAUCAUUUAUUCGAUUGUCAGUGGUGAAAACUUGAAUCAUUUUGCUAUAGAUUCAGAUUCCGGUGACAUUUUUGUUGCAGUGUCUGAUAUAGACAGAGAGAAUUUCGAUUACUAUUCACUAACAUGCAAAGCAACGGACAAUGGUGAUCUAUCUCUGUUCAGUGAGGCAACAGUUCUCAUCACUGUGCUUGACGAAAAUGACAAUUCCCCCGUAUUCACAUUAGACGUGUAUGAAACACAACUCACUGAGAACAGCCCUGUGGGUACUAGUGUAACUGUUAUCUCAGCGACUGAUAUCGACCAGGAUAUAAAUGCGGACAUACGGUAUUCGAUCCCAGCUUCUCAAAUAAUAGCCAAUGAGUAUUUUAAAGUUGAUUCAACUAGUGGUGAAAUCACUGUCAAAUUUCCAAUAGACAGCGAUACUAUCCCGUAUGUAGAAUUCACUGUAUAUGCUGAAGACAGUGGCGCACCAACAAUGCGAGGGACAGCAACGGUACUUGUAUAUACGAGAAACAUCAACGAUAAUAUUCCCAGGUUUGAUCCUGAAUAUUAUAGUACAGAGUUUUCUUAUUUGAAUACUCUUCACCAACCAAUCACUACGGUCAUGGCAACUGAUGGGGACCGCGGUCAACUAGUGUCGUAUCACGUGGUAGAUGAUGGAGCCGAUCUGUUUGAAAUAGACGAAAAUGAUGGCUACGUUUAUUUAAUUCAAAAUAAGGCGCCUGACGUUUACACAAAGUACGUCAUCACCGUUGAAGCACGAGAUGAUUGGACGCCCCAGUUAAGUUCUACUGUUAAUGCUAUAGUUAGAAUGGACACAUUCGAUCCCUAUCUACAACUGGUAGAUUUCUAUAUGUCGGUUACGGAGGACGAGUUUGAAGCUUCCAAAGAUGAAUUCUUGGAAAGACUGAAAAUAUUCGUGCAAGAUGAUUAUCCAACGGCUAGGUGUGGAGUCUCACAUAUCACAAGAAGGAAUCGUAACCCAUCUCAAUCAAGACGAAAGCUACUAGCUGAUGAGUAA